AUGGAAUGCGCCGCGACUUCCUGGAGUCGUCAGGCGUCGAUGCUGUCGAGCCUUUGGAGCGACUUCAGCCACAGCUCUUUGCAGUUGGGCGAGUUGCUCAUCAAUAGCGACCCGUUUAUAAGCAACUGCCUAAUUUUUGUUUUCUUGAGUCUGACCAGCUUUGUGUUGGGCGAAAUCACCGACAACUACUCCCAGGUAGACCGUCUCUGGUCGAUCGCACCUGUAAUGUAUGCUUUUAACUACGCUGUUCGCCCGAUGUGGAAAGGCGACCUUCAGUGGAACAAACGACUAAUUGUCAUGUUUCUCCUGGUCUUAGCUUGGGGAACUCGCCUGACCUUCAACUUUGCGAGGAAGGGCGGCUACUCCCUCUCAACUGAAGACUAUCGCUGGGACUACGUUAGAAGCUUCGCCUGGCUCCGACGCCGUCUGGCUCGCACCUGCUUCAACCUUUUCUUCGUCUCUGUCUUUCAACACUUCCUCCUGAUGGCAAUCACCUUUCCCUUCGACGUAGCCUACCGGUCCACUCCAGAGCCCUUCAACCUCGUAGACCACCUCGCCAGCGGCCUGUUCAUUUGCUUUCUAACCGCGGAAUACGUCGCGGACGAUCAACAAUGGCAGUUCCAGUCCGUCAAAUUGAACCCUAGACGAAAAAACGCUAAGCACACGAACGUGUUCGGCGCCGACUUAUCCAACGGAUUCCUCACGCACGGCCUGUUCCGCUACUCUCGACAUCCGAACUGCUUCUCAGAAAUCUGUAUCUGGUGGACCGUCUACCUGUAUUCCGUCGCCGUCACAAAAACGCUCAUCAACUGGAGUAUCAUCGGCGCACUCACGGCCAACUCCCUCAUCUACGCCGCUACCUUCGUCACCGAACGCAUCAGCUGCUCGAAAUACCCGCACUACCAACAGUACAUCCAAGACACCUCGAGACUUGUUCCGUGGCUGCCAAGAAAAAAUUCUAAAAAAAGUUGA